GGUGCCACGCCUCUCUCCCCGAGCGGACCUCCACGAAACCUCUCGGUCGAGUGGACAGUUCGUGGGUUGAGUGUUUCUGCAAAGUCGACUCGCUAGUUGUUGUUGUUUUUUACUGUGUUUAUGUUUCUUGCUUCCUGGAAGUGGUGACUGAUUCAUCAGCGAUGCCUCGGCGCCCUGCGGUCCUGCUGGCGGUCGUGUGUGUGUGCGUUGGUGUGUGGGGAAGCAUCUCCACACAGAAGCCUCCGCCCUUGAUCGUAAUCCUCCUGGAUGGAGUGAGGUGGGACUACGUGAACAUCCACCGCGGCAACGGGCUGCCCGGCUUCGAGAGGUUCUUCAGCCAGGGAGCCGCCGCCGAAUACGUCAACCCUGCCUUCCCCACCAACUCCUUCCCCAACUGGCACACGAUCGUCACUGGUCUUUACCCCGAGAGCCACGGGAUCAUCGGGAACUACAUCUACGACCGGGAGGCGUCGAAGGUCUUCUCCAUAGACGACCUCGAGGGCGCGAAGGACCCUGCCUGGUGGAGCGACGCCGAGCCCUUCUGGAUCACGGCGACGAAGGGCGGCCUCCAGAGCGCCCUCUUCCUCUGGUCCAGAUGCGACGUCCCUUGGGAUGGCGGCGUCCUACCACGGCACUGCGACCCCUUCAGGUUUGCUGCUCCCAACACAGACAACAUGGUUCAGAACUUCCGCCAGGCAGUGGACAUGAUCCAGAACCAAGGAUAUUCUCUCGCCAUGGUCUACGACGGCAUAAUAGACACCCAGGGCCACUACUUCGGUCCCGCGUCGUCGGAGGUGGCAGCGGCGGUCAGGGACACCGACGCCGCUCUGCAGCAACUCUGGAAGGACCUCUCGGAUCGGGACAUGAUAGACAACGUUAACGUGGUUUAGUCAGCGACCACGGGAUGGCUUGGACGGGCAGGGAAGGUGCGGGGAGCUGGACGUGGUUCCCUGCCUGGAGGAGUCGCAGGUGGAGAAGGUCGUCGAGUAUGGUGGCUACAUCAACGUCCC